AAAUUUCGCCAAAUAGGGUCGCCAAAUUUCGUCAAAGUUUGUUGGCUCUAAUAUUUCUAAUGUAUCACAGAUUUGUGAUAACUAUAUUAUACUUUUAAAUUUGUUUAUCCGACUACGUCAAAAGAUAAUGGCAACAUUCUGGGCAUAUCCCUGUAGCCUGGCGAUAAUCACCAGUGUACUUCUCAGCAACAUCACAACUCAGUUGGUUAGUGAUCGCUAUGUAGCUGGUUAUGAGGUGAGCCAUCCAGAACUAUGUCCAGCAUUCGGUUCUGAACUACAGUUGAUGAUAUUUAUAACCUCAGCACCUUCCCAUUUCAAACAAAGACAAGCCAUCAGGAAGACAUGGGGCAAUGCGUUGAAGAUGGAAAACGUAUCGUUAGCUUUUAUUAUUGGAAUUCCUGAAUCUCGCAGAUAUUCUGAUAGAUCUCGGAUUCUAGAAGAUUUUGUGUAUCGUGAUAUUAUAAUCGGUCGAUUUAUCGAUACAUACAAUAACCUCACGCUUAAAAGUAUCUCUAUGUUUGAAUGGCUGCAAAAUUAUUGUCCACUAGUUCCAAGAAUGCUAAAAACUGACGAUGAUGUGUUUAUACACGUACCAAAGUUAUUGGAAUUGCUACAAGAAUCUUUACGAGAAAAUAAAAAAAAAACUAUAUGGGGGAAAUUGUAUGCAAACCGUUUACCACAACGUAGUAAGACAUCGAAAUACUUCGUUACGUAUGAGGAGUAUCCAGAUGAGGUAUACCCUAAUUUUGUGAGUGGUCCAGCGUAUUUGAUGACGACUGAUAUCACGAAAGAUUUACUCGUUGCCGCUGCAAACGAACCUUAUCUUAGAUUUGAAGAUGUAUUCAUAACUGGUAUUUUAGCAGAAAAACUUUUUAUAGAAAGGAUUCAUGUCGAAGAGUUCUUUAAUAAGAGGCUCCAAGGCGAUCUGUGCAGAUUGAUGAAUUACAUAUCAGUUCAUGGUAUUACAUGCACUGAGCUGCAUGAAACAUGGAGAAAUCUGCAAUUAGUAACCUGUACGAAUACUAAAUCGAAAAUUUAGUAAACCCCCUCAAGAUGGUUGUGAGAACUACUAACACUACGUUCUUGAUUAAUUUCUCUUUCAAAUAAAAAU